GGGCUACUUCCCAAGUAGCUCAGUGUUCCUCCGUAGCUCAGCUCGCUGUACCCCUGCUUGACAGCUGCCCAUCUCCAAUCAGAUCAAAGUGUGUUUUGAUUCGUUUCGUAAACAAACCCCCAAGCACGCUGUCCGGACCGGCGGCAAUCGCGCGAAGACCACUGCGCUUGGUUUCCAGGGCAAUGGCAAAGUUAGCACGCGUGUGCCUUUCGCUGCGGGCCCGCUUCUCCACCCAGGUGCGACCGUUGGCGGCCGUCCCGGGCCAGGGACCGGUGCCCGUGGUAACGUGCAAACGGCAGCAGUUCAACCUCUACCAGCACGAUCUGCCCGCCAGCCCGGAACGGAUCAAGUUUGGCGAACUGCCGCUCGCCUCCGACGGCUGGCGGCACCGGCGCUCCAAUGGCGAUUACUUCAUCAUCCACCCGGUGCAGCGGGCGUACGAGGCGUACGGGCUGAGCAACCUUACCUUCCCGGAGCUGGGCAUUAGCGAACCGUUGGUGGAAAACCUGAAACAGCAGCACGUCCUGUCGCCCACCCACUUUCAGGUGGAGGGCAUACGGGCCAUGCUGGACGGGAGCCAUCUGCUGCUGGCCGCUGAGACGGGAUGCGGCAAAACCUACACCUACCUGGUGCCGGUGGUGGAACAGAUUAUGCGCCGCCGGUUGCACGAAAGGCAGCGCGAUUUCAACACACCCCUGAUGCUGAUCAUUACGCCCGGUCGCGAGCUUGCGCAGCAGAUAGGGGCGGUGGCGGCGAGGCUUACGGAUGGGACCGGUAUCAAGACGCGGAUUGUGCUCGGUGGCCGCACAAAGCAACAGAUGCUGAAUCCAUCGUUCGAGGACAUCGACAUACUGGUGGCGAGCUUCGGUGCGAUCAGCAAGCUGAUCACGAGCGGCAUCUACCGCAUGGAGGAGGUCCGGUACGUGGUGCUGGACGAAGCGGACACACUGCUGGACGACAGCUUCAGCAGCAAGCUGUUGCACCUGAUGAAGCGAUUCCCCUUCCACAAAAACCAUCUGCAGGAUCUCGGCGAGGGCAUUCACGGUACGCAACUGAUCCUGGCCGCGGCCACCAUGCCCUCCAACAUGGAGGAGCUGCUGGCGAGGCUGGUCAACGUGGCAACGAUCGAGCAGGUGCUGAGCCCGAACCUGCACCGCCUAAUGGGGCACGUUACGCAGCGCUUCAUGCGCGUACGCAAAUCCGACCGACCGCAGAUACUGCUCGAUCUGGUGCGGAAGGACGCGAAGCGCAAUGUGCCGACGAUCAUUUUCAGCAACAAAACGCCCGCCUGCGACUUUGUGUCGAUGCACCUGAACGGGCACGGGCUGCCGUGCGUCAACCUGAACGGUGACAUGAUACUGAAGCUGCGAUUGGGCCAGUUCGAAAAGUUUCAGCAAGCCGAGGUGAACGUGUUGUCCACGACGGAUGUGGCGAGCCGCGGGUUAAACACGAUCCGUGCGGCACAUGUGAUCAACUUUGACUUUCCACUGUACACGGCGGACUACAUUCAUCGGGUUGGGCGCAUCGGGCGCAUCGGCAGCAGGAACGAUUGUUUGGCGACGAAUUUGAUCUCGAGCCAGGCUGAGAUUGGAGCUGUGCAGCGGCUGGAGCAUGCAGCAAGAACAACGAACGUGCUGCGGAAUGUGGAUGCAAAUGUGAAGGGUAUUAUACGGAGAAGAAUGCAGAAACUGAGCGGAAUGCCCAACGAAGGGGACAUACUUACUGUAGGCAAGCAGAAGGGAUAAAGUAAUAAAGUGUUCAAAUAGUGAAGCGUA